AUUUCCGUGAUAUGAUGGCCAAGUCUGCGGAGGUGGCCGCCAGGUCUGUCGAGACGAGCAAGACGCUGUCCACGCUCAAAGAGAACGACGAGAUCACCUUGUCGUACCAGGAGGCGUUGAUGGCAGUUAAGGCGCGCAAGAACUUGCGGUACCACUUCUUGUACCUGCCGUUCCCGAUCGCGUUCUUCCUCGUGUUUGCUGCGUCGGCGCUCACCCACGUGCCUGUGCAAGUGAUGUUCCCCACCGAGAACGGCCUCGCCACCACGCUCGUGUCCACUGGCACGGACGCGCUGACGACAGACACGACCAUGAAGUUCAAGAACAUCCAAACCCAAGCGGACGUGUUCCCGUGGCUGUCCAAGACGCUGUUCCCGGCCUUGUUUGUCACGACCGACUACAACGGAAACAACGUCACCAACGACCGUCGCAGCCGCGUCACCAACGUCCACAAGCUGCUCGGCGCGGUCGAGAUCACAACGUCGUCCGCCCCCGACCAAAGCUGCGGGCUGGAAGGACCGUUAAGUCUCAUCUACAAGCCUUGCCACGACUUUGACAACCCCGUGGAGAACAUUCCGUUCUACAUCGAUUCCAACGCGGACGCGGCCUCGGCCGUCGCGAUGAUCGCUGCCAAGCAAGCGUCAGGCACGUGGAUCAGUCCGUCGACGACAUUGCUCCAGAUCAACGUCGCCACGUACAAUGGCGAAGUGGAUCUCAUGUGUGUGACAGCGCUCAAGAUUGCGUUCCAGCGGGGCGGGUUUGUCGAAACUACGUACAAAAUGGCGUCGAUUCCAGCAGAUCCGUACCACCAUGCGAAAUCCGUGCUGGCGCUCGACAUUGUCGUGGGGAUUUUCUUCCUCGGGACGUUGGGCGUCGAGGGGCGCCAGCUGUGGCUCCAACGCCACGGUGUGUACUGGGGCGUGUGGCGCGUGGUCGAGUGGGGGUCGCUCGUGGCCGUGCUGGCGUACUAUGUGUUUUGGGUCAUUCUCUGCGGUGGCAUCUACGACGACACGCUGUCCAGCCAACUCACGACGCUCGAAGUGUCGGGGACGAUCGACUUUUCCAAGGCGCAGGACACGACGGACCAGGGCAAGUUGCUGUUGACCAACGUCAUGCAGCAGUAUCGAUCCAUGGGCGACCUCAUGGUGGCCGUCCGACUGGCUGCAAUGGUCGCGCUGUUUUUGCUCACGAUUCGCAUUCUGGGCUCGUUUCGAUUCCAUCCCCGGCUCAACAUGGUCACCGCAACCCUUGGGGCAUCAUUGAACUCGCUCGGGCCGUUCUUUUUCGUGUUUGUCGUGUGCCUUGCGGCGUUCGUCACCUCCGGGUGCCUCUUGUUUGGGGAGAAACUUCUUUCAUUUAGCACGAUCGGGCACUCAACUGUGACGGUCGUGAACAUGCUCUUUGGGCAGUUUGACCUGGCGGCCAUCUUUGCCGUGGACUACCACAUCGCCCUCGUGUGGUACUGGAGUGCCAUGAUCGUGCUGUUUCUGGUGCUGUUCAACAUGCUGCUGGCGAUUGUGCUGGCGGCGUUCGACCACGUGCGCGAGGAAAAGGCUGGCCCCUUGCGCAGUGUCACAGAGGAGUUUUCGAUCAUCGCCAAGGAGCUGAUCGGCGUUGAGCACUUUUGGCACAAGGACGCGCCCAAGCGGUUUCGGCAAAGCGUGCGCGACGGCAACCUCCAGCGCUUCAACUCGAACACGCUCUCGGAGCAUUUGAACAUUGGCAAGGACGAAGCUAUGGGACUGAUCCACAACAUGAAAGUGUUGUCUGUGGCCGGCGCGGAUUUAACCAAGGCGAAACCCAAGGACGACAAGAGCGUCGAACGACUGCACGACCGCCUCGAAACACUGGAACGAACCAUCGCAAUGCUCGUGUCGCAAAUGCAACCACUAGCCCCCACGAAAGAAGACUAACACAUAUAUACAAAAGACACUAGGUUCACUUGAAUGUCAC